GCCCUCUUUUGCCUUACGCGAUCUGUCACGCGCCUCCGGUCGUAGCCGCAACUGCUCAUGUUUAUUGUAGUUUGUCACUGUCGUGACCUCCUCGUCACUCGUCCUCUGGAGCAGGGCUGAAGUUCGGAUAUUGACAUCAUGUCGACACUUGAUUUCAAUGGUCUUACACAGUUGUUAAAAGGUCUGUCGGUAUCAAGGCCUCCAGUAGAGCUUACCGGGGCCACCAUCUUGAGCAACCCUCUCGAUCUCUGUCGCUCAGCACUUGCCGAGCUUAUCACUAGCCUCACUGAAUGCGACGUUCAAGAUGCAUACAAAUCCAUCCAAUGGCCGAACAAUAUUUUCAAUGGUGAUCUCUCAAUCACGCUCCCCAGGCUGCGUCCAGGCUGCAAACCGGCCGAGCUGUCGACAGAGUUAGUAGAUAAAUUCCCGAAAGAUAACGCUCUCUUUGACCCCCCUUUGCCCGAAGGCGUUCAUUUGCGCGUUUUUCUGAAGCUCGAGACAGUGUCACGUCUUCUAGUACCGUAUAUCCUCGACCGAAAGCGUUACUAUGGCUUCGAUGUAUCCAACCAUAUAACGAAUCUGGCAUCAAAGGAAGGUGAUCGGAAAAAAGUCAUUGUCGAAUUCUCUUCACCAAACAUCACCAGCGAGUUUCAAGGAAAACACCUGCGAAGCACAAUUAUCGGUGCCUUUAUCGGCAGGUUAUAUGACUCGAUGGGAUGGGACGUUACCCGCAUCAACUACCUUGGGGACUGGGGCAAGCCGAUCGCUUUACUGCGCGUUGGCUGGUCAAAGUACGGCUCGGAUGAGGCAUAUGAGGCAGAUCCUGUGGGACAUCUUCUCGAAGUCUAUCACAAGAUCGAAGAAGACUUCAAGCCGGAACAGGAUGCAAGUAGGCAAGCCCGAGACGACGUGGCCAAAGAAGGGAAGGACGAGGGCGAAGCGCAAGUAGAGAUUGAAAGCAGGGGCAUCUUUGCCGAGCGUAAUGAGGCGUUCAAGAAGCUUGAGGAUGGUGAAGAGGAUACUGUUGCUUUCUGGAAACGUGUGCGAGAUGUCAACAUCGAGAACUACACGAAAUUCUACGAACGAUUGGGCGUCCGCUUCGAUGAGUACUCCGGUGAAUCUCAGGUGACCCCAGAAGUGAUGGUCGAAGUGGAGCAGAUGUUAAAAGACAAGAAGAUAUCGGAAGAAAGUGGAGGAGCAUGGAUUGUCCACAUGCAAACGCUAGGUGCGAAAGCUGGGACAGCUAUCAUACGUGAUCGUUCUGGAAGCAGCACAUACCUUCUUCGAGACCUUGCCGCCGUGCUGGAGAGGUCUAGGAAGUACUCUUUCGACAAGAUGAUCUACAUUGUGGCUAGUGACAACAGCGUCCACUUCACUCAACUCUUCAAGAUCCUGGAGGGUCUGGAACUGAAAGACCUGGCAAGCAAGCUGCAACAUGUCAAGUUCAGUGAGGUCUCUAAGAUGGCGGCGAUACUCGGGAAGGGGUAUAAGCCGCAGGCCAUACUUGAUAAGUGCGAGGAAGCAAUGGCCAGCCUUUCAGAGAUUGAUGGGGAUAAGGCUACCUUGCUAGGUGGGGCGGAUCAGACCAGGGAAUCACUUGCGACAUCCGCACUCCUCGUCCAGGAACUGUCCACUCGGUCAAGUUCCACGCACGCCUUCGACCCGAGCACGUUGGCCUCCUUCAAACUUGGCUCAGGGCCCGAUCUGCAGUAUUGGUCAACAAAGCUCCGCGUCCUUCUCACCAACGCCCCUUCUACUGAAGAGCUUGGCGAGGAAGACUAUCAGGCACUGGCGGAAGAGGACCAAGCCAACCUGUUGCGCGUCCUCGCGCAGUAUCCGGAAGUUGUGAAUGCCACAUACCUUUCACUUGAGCCAUCUGGUAUUUUGGCAUAUCUUGUCACUCUGACUGAGCUGCUCUCCGAAUGUCUCGGCGAGGGUGAAGAAGAUGCUGCCGUCACUCCAGGCCUUGCCGCCUUGUAUGAGGCGACUAGGAUCGUGCUGGAGAGUAGCAUGAAGUUGCUGGGCCUUACGCCGCUGGCAGACCUGCCGCAUGAAAGGGCGGACACACCGGUUGGGGAUUAGUGAAAUUGCAAAGCACUGUUUCAGUUAUUGGACUUGGUCGGCGUCUUGGCUCAAUAUGUAUUGUCUUUACGCCGUAAUAUCGGCGGCUCUCCUUUUCCUGACAUGAUGUAUGUGCCUCGAGGAUAAUUCGAUCGUAAUAGUAUAGUUGGGUUUUCGCGUAAUGAUGUAACGAAUUCCGACCUAUUCAAAUAAAUUGAUACAGUAUUGCAC